CUGUUUUUCUCGGAUUUUGGCCUUAAGAUUGUCUUUUGAAAUUGAGUAGUGUAGUUCUUUUGAUUGUUUUAGUUCUUCACUCAUUUUAAAAGAUCCAUUGUUCAACUUUGGCUAUGGAAAAAAUUGGGUAUAGAGCACCAAUUAUCCUAAAUCGUUGUAAGUGAAGAAUCAAUAGAAGUAAACACCAUGAGUUUUACAACAGGGUCCUCGAAAGAUUCUUGGCAUCCAGUCAUGACUGCUGAUACGACGGUUACAAGCUACUGGCUGAAUUGGAGGUUCUUGCUAUGCGGCAUUUGGGUUGUAAUUGUAAUAGUUUUUUCAUCACUUAUCAUAUGGAAGAACGAAGAUUGUGGCAGAAAGAAAGGUGUUAGCGGAGAAACCAAGCUGGAAACUGAAAGAACAUUAUUGUAUGAGGAUGAGACUUGGAGGCCAUGCCUAAAAGGAAUCCACCCUGCUUGGCUAUUGGCUUUCAGGGUUUCCAGCUUCUUUGUGCUCGUAGUACUGCUUGCCAUAGCUACUGUGGUGGACGGCAGCAGCAUAUUUUACUAUUACACUCAGUGGACCUUUAUAUUAGUCACCUUUUACUUCGGGCUUGGGUCCUUGUUUUCCAUGUAUGGCUGUUACCAAUAUCACAAAAGAGUUGGUGGAGACAAAGUUGAUAAUGUGGAAGUAGAUGCCGAGCAAGGAACUUCUGCAGCUCCUGCACAUCGCCAAGCUGCAGGGAAAUGGGCUUAUCUCUUUCAAAUUAUUUUCCAGAUGAAUGCAGGGGCUGUUCUGCUCACAGAUUGCGUGUUUUGGUUCAUACUUGUUCCGCUUCUUGAAAUUAAAGACUACAAUAUCAAUCCUUUGGUUGUAUGUAUGCAUUCACUCAAUGCCGUCUUCCUGAUAGGCGAUACUGCUCUAAAUUGCUUGCAAUUCCCCUGGUUUCGGAUUGCAUACUUCUUACUGUGGACAAUAGCCUAUGUUAUAUUUCAGUGGCUUGUCCACGUUAACCUAAAAAUAUGGUGGCCGUAUCCGUUUCUCGACUUGUCAGAUCCAUUUUCUCCACUAUGGUACUUCUCAGUCGUGGUCAUGCAUCUCCUAUGCUACGCCAUUUUCGAUCUGAUCACAAGGCUGAAACACACAUUGUAUUCGAGAUGGUUUCCCGAUUCCUAUCUGUCUUCAAGAUAGUGUCCAGGUGCAAAACCAACUUCAAGGGCUCAGUGAAAAAACUCGCCCUAACUUUCAGUAACCGCGAGUUUUCUCACAGACGGGGUAGCUACAGAGUAGAUGAUGAGCAAGCAAUACAAGUAUGAAAAACCUUGGAAAACCAUGGAAUUCAUGUUAACAUGCAGCAAACAAAAUUGUAAGUACGGCAAGUUCUUUUUGGGAAGAUUUGUAAAUGUGGAAACAGGAAAUUAGCCAGCAUUCUUGACUUUGAACAGACAUUGAUAAUUGCUACUGAAUACAGAUGAUGGAAAAAUACUUAA